AUGACGACCAUCUCGGACACAAUCACACGGGACCACCGCGAGUUGGAGAAGUUCUACAAUGAGAUUACCAGCUCGUCCGACCUCGACCACCAGGAGCGCUUCGGCAACCAGUUCACAUGGGAGUUGGCCCGGCACAGCGUGGCCGAGGAACUGAUUGUCUACCCGGCCUUUGAGAAGCACAUGGGCGCCAAGGGCCACCAGAUGGCCGAAUCGGACCGCAAGGAGCACCACCGGGUCAAGGAACUCCUCAAGGAAUUCCAGAACAUGAAGCCCCAAGAGCCAACCUACGUUCCCAAGCUUAAGGAACUCUGGGGCGUGCUCUCGGCACACAUCGAGGAGGAGGAGAACCACGACCUGCCGGCGCUCGAGUCGGCGCUGGCUCAGUCUUCCGAGGGACGCAGCGAGUCCGAGAACAUGGCCAAGAAGUUUGGCAUGACCAAGGCGCUGGUGCCGUCGCGCAGCCACCCGAGCGCGGGCGAGAACCCGUACUUUGAGUCGGCGCUGGGAAUGCUAGCGGCGCCGAUCGACCAUAUUGCCGACAUCUUCAGGAAAUUCCCUGAGGAGAAGACCAGUCCCAAUCCGUCGACCAAGUAA